UUUUUCUCCUUUCUCUAAUUUUUGGGUCCUUUUAUUUCCCUUGUUUUUUGCACUUCUUGCUUUUGGUUUCUCGCCGUUCUCUUAAACACCGUAUUUUUCUAAGUAAACCCCGUUUUGUAUAUCUUUUUUUUUCUUUGACUCUUUCUAUUAUCUAACACUUCUUCUUUAACCUUCUUUUUUUUCUCUCUUUUGCCUAUAUGUAUUCCUCAACUUUCGUUCUUGUCCAAUAAGACACUCUCUUUUUUUCUUUUUUUUAUUCGCCUUCAUCCUUUCCCGCUGACUUUUGUGUUUUUUUAUUAUAUUCUUUCUCUCUGUUAUCUUUUCUCUUUUGCACUUCUUUUACUCUUUUCUGACCUGCCAAUGAGAUUGUCCAAAGAGGACUAAUUACCAGAAAAACACAGAAUUUGAACGUUUGAUAACCCGAUGACCACAUCCGAUGAACGCCUUUCCAGCAGAAUGGGCGCAGCACCCCCGGGCACACACGCUGCGCCUGAAAAACAGCCUAUUGCCCUUUACCACCCAUGUAACCCAACCUUUGACCGACCCCACUUGAAUUCGACCGACCCCAACCAUCUUCAUUCUCUCAAUAAUCCAAACACUUAUAAUUCGGUUGUACCUAAUUCGGUUCACGAAGCUACUUGUAUAUAUUUACCUCCUACAAUGUCGUCAUCGCCGCCAUCAUCGCCAUCAGAAGCCUCGUCUUGCUCGUCGACCCAAAGUUCCGGUAUUUGCGAAUGGUCGCAAUCAUCCCAACAAUCCCAAUUCUCGCAAUCAACGCUUUCUUCUCAGAAUUCAGACUAUACGCAAACAGGUGUUCUUCCUGCCCAUCCCUCAGAGUCGACGUGUCCUGCUUACUUACCGUGCAACGACGCACCCCGUACAUGUCGAGACACGGCACGCCAGGAGCGCUCCAUUCUUAUCGAAAAACUAGUGGAUACGUCGGCCGAAAUUAUCGAUUCUAUCUGGCAACCACGAUUUUUAGUCACCCGACACAAAGCCAGGGUGAUGUCAACACGAGGGUUUAUUCACGAAAUCCUGAAACGAUCAAAAACAUCCUAUUCAACGCUACAGAUCAGUUUAUUUUAUCUUUUUCGAGUCAAGCGACAUGUCCAUGAACGGCUGCGUCAACGUUACAGUCAACCAUCUCAAUGUCCGCCACCCCAGCCACUUCACGUCUCUGAACGACUGGAUGACCUCAUGUGCUGCGGUCGACGUAUGUUUCUUGCCUCUCUUAUGGUGGCUUCGAAAUUCCUUCAUGACAAGAACUACCGCAACUGUGCUUGGGCGAAAAUCAGUGGUCUCGAUAUUGCUGAAAUCAACGCAUCCGAAAUGGCGUUUUUAAAAUUGAUCGAUUACCGACUUUAUGUGAGUAAAACCAGCUUUGACAAAUGGUAUGCGCUUCUGCAUGGCUACAUCCAGAAGAAUCAAAAGUAUACGUCUCGUUCACCUGCCACUACCGCCCCUUACCCUCCAAGGCUGCUCCAUGCAUUUUCUAUAUAGAGAGAGGAGUCCCAUUGUAUCAUCAUUUGAUAGGCUUCGGUAGAAUGGUUGUUGAUGGGAUGAGCGAUGAAAUAAAUUGGAACAGUUUCAUACCCUUUAGCAAAAUUGUUCAUCAUUUUGUUGGUUGGAGGUUACUGUAUCAAAACAGGA